UGCACACCAUCUGGGCUGCCGUAGUUCGCCUUUCCACGUGGGCUCUCCGUCAUGGCGGCUGUUCGGAAAACGGUGUUGCUUGGUUUUCGAGACGCGGAGGUGCCUGGUCAUCCCAAGGGGCCUGGCGCCUGGGUUGCGAGCAAGCUGGGCGGCCUUCCGGAUGCUUUGCCCGCCGUAGCAGAACCGAGCCCAGUGUGUGAACGUUGUAGGCAGCCGCUUGCCCUGGUCGUGCAGGUGUACUGUCCGCUGGAAGGCUCCCCAUUUCAUCGGCUACUGCACGUGUUCGCCUGCCCCUACCCGCGGUGCCGCAGCGGCGGGGCGCGUAGCUGGAAGGUGUUCCGCUCCCAGUGCCUGCAGACGCGAGAGGAGGCGGCGCGGGACUCUCAGAAACAGGAAAAUGGUCUUGCAGCUGAGGACUGGUGUGAAGGUGCAGAUGACUGGGGAAGUGACAGUGAGGAGGCACCUCCACAGCUUACCUUGGAUUUUGGAAAUGAUGCCAGCAGUGCCAAAGACAGAGACUGGACUGCCCAGCUCCAAGACCUCCACCUGCAGGAUACUGUUCUGGGUGCUGCUCCUCCUGUGUCUCCUGGGAAGGGGGUGGCCUUGCCUUCUGUGGUGCCCCAGUUCCUACCCUACUAUAUCUCUGUCGUAGAUGAGGAUGAUUAUGGGGACUUUGUCAGUCUAGAUCAUGCUCAUAGUCUUCUGAGGGACUAUCAACAAAGAGAAGGAAUUGAUAUGGAACAGCUGCUUUCCCAAAGUCUUCCUAGUGAUGUUGAUGAAAAGUAUGAGAAGACCAUAACCAAAAGUGGAGAUAAGGUAUUUUACAAAUUCAUGAAGAGAAUUGGUGUUUGUCAGGAGCAGAUUUUGAGGUAUUCCUGGAGUGGAGAACCCAUUUUUUUGACCUGCCUUAUAUCAGAAGUCACAGAACUGGUCCCAACCUGCAGCUACUGUGGAGGCCAAAGAAUAUUUGAGUUUCAGCUUAUGCCAGCCCUGGUCAGCAUGCUCAAAAGUGCCAAUUUAGGUCUUUCUGUGGAAUUUGGGACAAUUCUAAUUUACACAUGUGAGAAGAGUUGCUGGCCUCAGAAUCAUCAGACUCCCAUGGAAGAAUUUUGUAUUGUACAAGAAGACCCAGAUGCAUUAUUAUUUAAGUGCUGAUGGAUCAAACCACUCAACCUCCUCCAGCUGCUUGAGGCUCCCACCCUGUGACACCAGCUGUUUAUACCUGCCCCAUGUUCCCACUCCCCAGGACCCUCACCCUCACCCAUUCGCACCUUCUGCCCCUACAGC